ACAAUUUAGAGCAUUAUUUGUAGAGAUUAGACGAUAUUUAGAAAAUAGUAUAAAAAGUAAUUAUUCAUCAAUGAAUAAUAUUUCUAAUAAACAUUAUGAUGGAUUAAAUUCGUCUAAUUCUACAAUUAAUAAUGGUGGUACAUUAUGUGAACAUGUUAUAUCAGCUUGUUUAUUUCUACGUUAUAUUUGUCCAGCUAUUUUAUCACCUUCAUUAUUUAAUUUAAUUUAUGAAUUUCCUAGUGAACCACGUAUAUUACGUGCAUUCACUUUG